AUGUCAAAUUCACAUUUAAUAAUUUCAAAUGAAAAAACCCAUUCGACAGUUACAAAUGAAAAGACACAUUCAACUGUUUCGAAUGAAAAGACACCUUCAACAGUUUCGAACGAGAACCCAAAAGUCAAGACAGAUGAAAAUCAAAUUGUGAAAACCAGAAAGACUGAACGAGAAAGACAGGAAUGGCUUAUUAUAAUCUACGCUGUAACAGUAUUUCUAGGAAAUUUACAUGGAAUUUUUUACCCGGUAGACUCCUAUUACUCUAAGAGCUCCAAUUAUUUAAAUCAGAUAUUUGUGAAAAUGGGUUGGUUUUGGACUUCAAUAACAUUUUUUGGAGGUUUAUUUUCCGAGGUGAUUAAUAUCAGCGAGAAAGAAAAAAUAUACGCAGCUAUUAGAUGGGUAUUUGCUACAUUAUAUUGGUACAUUAUGACACAAAAUUUCUUUGGACUAAGCAUAACAAGUUGGAUUUUUGUUAAAUCCGGCGGAGGAUGUUCUACGGAUGAUCAAAUGCAAGAAGCUCAUGCUUGUAAGAAAAGUGGUGGUAAAUGGGAAGGUGGAUGGGAUUUUAGUGGACAUUGUAUUCUCUUAAUUCACGCUUCCCUUUUCCUACUCGAAGAAUUCAGUAAUAUUUUAUAUUCUUCGAAACGCCCUGAAUUUAAGAAAUCUUAUAAAUUCUAUUCAUUUUGUUCUCUUGUUGCAAUUCUCAUCCUUUGGUGGUGGAUGUUACUUAUGACAACUGUAUAUUUUCAUAGUUUUAUUGAAAUUUUAUUUGGAACUUUAUUAGGAUAUUCAUAUUGGCUUUUAGUUUAUUUAUAUUUAAUACCAAAAUAUUUUAGUAAUAUCUGA